AUAAGAUAAACAGCCAAACAAACACUUAGACAGAACACAUUGACACUGUGGUUUAUCAGAACAACGGAAGCUUCAUCUCACUGUACCUUUGUUUACCCCACCAUGGAGGACCAACAACAAACAGAAACCCUUGUACCGAAGGGGCCCGGAAAAAUGAAGCUGGACGAAGUUCUGGAUACGAUCGGCCAGUUUGGACGCUACCAGAAGUUCAUAUUCGUGUUGAUAUGCAUUCCUGGUAUAAGUUGUGGCAUUGUUAUGACUUUGGCAGUGAUACUACUCGGGAUUCCGAACCACAGAUGCAGUAUUCCUGGUUAUGAGAAUGACACCUAUGCAAUACAGGAUCCUCUUCAUCAAGAGCACGUGGCCAGGUAUAUCCCGCCUCCAACAGACGACACAUCUCUGCCAUAUGACAAGUGCCACCUCUACAGCUAUAACGCCACCAGCACAAGGUUCGACAACUCCAGUCAUCCAAUCAAUGCUACGCUGGUGACAUGUACAUCAUGGGUGUAUGACGAUAGCGAGUUUUAUGAAACUUUUGUAUCAAAGCACGAUCUGGUUUGUGGCAAUCAUUAUAAAGUAUCUACAGCUAAGACCAUCUUCUUCGGGGGUGUUUUGGUGGGCGCCCUCAUCUUUGGUUCACUCUCGGACGGUCUUGGCCGUAAGAAGACCAUCAAUAUAUCAAUGGCAUUGCUGUUUGCAUCCUCUAUAGGCCUGGCCUGGGCUCCAAACUACAUUGCUUACGUCAUUCUUAGGUUCUUAGCCGGUAUGGCAUUCUCGGGAACCUUCAUUACUGCCUACGUCAUAGGUGUUGAAAUCGUAGGGCCAUCCAAACGUAAAUACACGGGCAUAAUCAACGAAAUUUUCUUCGCAUUUGGAGAAUGUUUUUUGGCCGGCGUUGGAUUCCUAGUAAGGGACUGGCACUAUGUGGAAAUCAUAAUAGCAGCGCCAAUGGUCUUGUAUCUAGCCUACUGGUGGUUAAUACCUGAAUCCCCAAGAUGGUUGAUCAACAAAGGAAGGUUUGACGAAGCAGAGGAAAUACUCCGAAAAGCCGCCAAAAUCAACAAGAAAGAGUUACCUAGCAAACAAAUACUUGACAGAGACAUGAGAGACGACACAAAAACAGAAAAAGUCUACAAGAUAUUCACAUCUCGAGUUCUCUUCAUCCGGACAUUAAUCAUCUUAUACAACUGGAUGGUGGUCAGUAUGACGUAUUACGGACUGACCCUUAACUCUGGAAAUCUCAGUGGAGAUGUUUACCUCAAUUUCUUUUUUUCUGGAAUGGUCGAGUUUCCAGCCUACAUCAUCAGCAUCGUUUUUCUCGACAGAUUAGGCAGGAGGACACUUCAUUGUAUAAUGAUGCUUGCUGGAGGCGUGGCUUGUUUGUCAACAAUAUUCACAGUUUUAUAUGGUGGAAAAGAUCUUCAGAUUUUAACAACGGUCCUAGCUUUGAUAGGGAAGCUCGGGUCAUCUGCAGGAUUCGCUCUCAUCUACAUAUAUUCCGCAGAGCUGUUUCCAACUGUUCUCAGGAAUGCCGCCAUUGGUAUAUUCUCUUGUGGUGCCAGGGUCGGUGGAAUGGUGGCGCCAUUGAUAGCCGACUCGGUAACUAUAAUAGGCGGGAAGAUGGGCCAGGCCAUCCCGUUGGUGAUAUUUGGAGCGGCGUCUGUCCUUGCUGGUAUUCUCACAUUGUUCCUGCCUGAAACUCUAAACACACGUCUGCCAGAAACAAUAGAAGAUGCUAGACUAUUCGGCACGGAGAAAUACAACAAACAAAUUCAAAGAGAUAUACAUGUUAGUCCGGAUGAGGAAUCGACGACCAAAUUUUAUUGUCAUUUUAUUGGUCUUAUUUUUGAUCCAGCCCACUAUUAUCAGACGAAGUUCGAAGAAAUUUUAGGAAUUAUUGGAGAAUUUGGAUUCUAUCAGAAAUGUGUUUUUCUGAUGCUAUGCUUCCCACCGCUAGUAACUGCAAUGCAUUUGGUAAUGAGCGUGUUCGCACUUGGCAUUCCAGAUCACAGAUGUGCCAUACCAGGGUACCCUAACGAUACAUUUGCCAUCCAAAGUCCAUCUCAUGAAGCUUUGGUCAAACGACUCGUGCCGCCGUCGACGGACGAAACCCUGGAUUACGCCAAGUGUGACCUGUAUGAUCGGUCGUACGACGGUGAUGAUAACUCUACCGACCUAAAGGCCUGUUCGAGUUGGGUUUACGACAGGAGUGUCUACAUCAACACAUUCACGUCGGAACAUGACAUCGUGUGUAACGACAAAUUGAAGACGACACAUGCGCAGAUGAUUUAUUUCGGUGGAGUGAUGGUUGGAUCAGUUGGCCUGGGGUCUAUAUCAGACAUAAUCGGACGGAAGAAGACUUUGCACUUUUCCUUUUUAAUGCUACUGGGGACGACCCUAGGUUUAGCAUGGGCUCCGGAUUUCGUCACCUUUUGUGUACUUCGGUUCCUUAUAGGAGUAUCGUGUGCUGGAGUAUUCAUGACUGCUUUCGUCAUAAGUAUUGUCCUCCAGUGUUUUUCUGCCGCCGGAUUGGUCAUUCUGGGAGGGAUAGGCUACGCCUUCGGAGAGUGGAAAUCUAUUGAAAUCGCGGCUGCCGUACCUUCCGUCGUCUUCCUAUUCUACUGGUGGUUUAUCCCUGAGUCACCGAGAUGGCUGAUCAGUCAGGGUAAAAUCGAGGAGGCCAACAAGAUCAUACAGAAGGCGGCCAAGGUAAACAAGGUGACGAUUCCAGAGAAGAUUCUGAAUGCUGACUCUAUAGAGGAACCGGAAACUGGUCGCCUAUGGCACCUGUUUACAUCCCGUGUUCUCCUUAUAAGGACACUCAUCAUAUUCUUUAACUGGGGUGUGGUCAGUUUGGUUUACUACGGCCUCUCCUUGAACACCGGAAACCUCGGAGGUGAUUUCUACGUGAACUUCCUAUUGACUGGCCUGGUCGAGUUUCCCGCUUAUGCGUUAUGCCUUGUUUUACUCGACAGAGUCGGCAGAAGACUUCUCCAUGCCUCAUGUAUGAUAGUUGGCGGUGCUGCAUGCGUAAUAACAAUAUUCCCCAUGUUAUACGCAGGUGAAAGUCUUCAGCCAAUUACAGUCACUCUGGCCAUGCUGGGUAAGGUUGGAGCAGCUGCUGCCUUCGCUGUGAUAUAUGUGUGGUCAGCAGAGUUAUACCCGACCGUUGUAAGGAACGCCGGGAUGGGCGCCAGCUCCUCGUGCGCUCGUAUAGGGAGUAUGAUUGCGCCGUACAUUGCCGAUUUGAGUCAGGUCGUUGAGGGUAACUUAGGACGAGCAGUACCCUUGCUCAUUUUUGGCACAGCAUCCGUAGUAGCUGGAAUAAUGUCACUAUGGUUACCGGAAACUAAAAACAGCGAGCUUUCCGAGACUCUUGAGGAUGGGAAACGAUUUGGUCGACAGACAGAUAGGAAACAGGGCUGUAAUUUGGUUAUGAGGCAUUUAGUUCCCCGAAACGACAAAAAUGGAGUGACCACCAUCACAAAUUUAUGAGGCUAUGCCAAGUGUCGGGACAUUAACAUUUUGUAGGUGAGGUACCCUGGGACACUGGAGGAAACAGGAGAUGUUGAUGUAUCCAAGUUACUGAUUGGAAUUUAA